AUGUCGCCCCUCUCCCCAUCUCAUGUAUCCAUGAUGCCGGACUCAUCACUGCCAAUAUCGGUCGAUCCGGUGUCCCUAGUCACCACAGAAUGCAUUACCGUCACCUCGGCUAUGCGCAAGCAUGCCCGCUGGGCUCACUCCUCCGUGGCCGCUAUUCUGGGCGGGAGUGGCUCUACCAAAGGCAGCGACCGCGAAAUCUCGGCCUCUCCCAUCGCAAACACGAGAAAUAAGGCGCCCGGGAACAAUAAAGAAAACUCUGCCGGACCGACUCCUUCAUCUGCUGUUGAUGGAGAUCAUGCAUUGGCCAACAGAUGGGGGUUGAGGGGUAAGAAAGGGAAGAGCAUGCAAGACAACCCUCUCAUGUCCGCUUUCACUCGUCUCCGAAGUGACCUGAAGAGUUGUAAAGACAUUCGAUCCUUUGAUGCGCCGGCAUUACUGCACCCGUUUCUCCAAGUCAUCCGUUCUUCUUCCACGUCGGCGCCAAUUACCUCGCUCGCAUUGAUCGCAGUCACCAAAUUCCUCGCCUAUAAUAUAAUCAACCGCGACUCUCCCCGCAUCUCCAUAGCCAUGCAGCUGCUUUCGGCUGCCAUUACACAUUGCCGGUUCGAAGCUAGCGAUACUGUCGCCGACGAGGUCGUUCUGCUGAGGAUUUUAAAACUGAUGGAAGGCAUGUUAUCGCGGCCCGAGGGAGAAUUGCUUGGGGAUGAGAGCGUUUGCGAAAUGAUGGAGACAGGAUUGAGCAUGUGCUGUCAAAAUCGUCUAUCAGAAGUGCUCCGCCGAUCUGCCGAGAUGUCAAUGGUCAAUAUGUGCCAGGUCAUCUUCAUGAGACUUAGCACGAUAAAGGAGCAGGAGGCUCGGCCAGAUGGGCCACAUCAGAUAAAGCCAACAGAUGACGCCACGACCACAUUGAAAAUGGAUCCUUCUGUUGACGGCGACACGGUUAUUCCUCAACACCCAUCGUCCAUGGGCUCGGACACUGCCCCUCCCGAGAAAGAGGAAGAAAAGGAACGUUCAAGUGACGAAGCGCCUCCUCAACCACCAAGUAACGAAGAUACGCCGGCUACAACCAUUCCUGAAAACGACGAUAUAGAACCUACAGAAGUGAAGCCGUAUGGCUUGCUGUCAAUUCGAGAGUUAUUCCGCGUUUUAAUUGAUUUAUUGGAUCCACAUAACCCUCAACACACGGACACCAUGAGAGUGAUGGCUUUAAGAAUCAUUGACGUUGCUCUUGAAGUUGCUGGUCCUGCGAUCGCUCGUCAUUCCUCCGUGGCAGAACUUGCUGAAGACGAUCUUUGCCGCCACCUAUUCCAGCUAGUUCGGUCAGAGAGCAUUCCAAUUCUCAAUGGAUCACUUAGAGUCGCAGGGACUUUACUGUCAACAUGCCGACCAGUCCUAAAACUUCAACAGGAACUUUAUCUGUCCUACCUUGUUGCAUGUCUUCACCCUCGUGUUGACAUUCCACGGGAGCCUGGCAUCAACCCAUUGCUUUAUGAAGGCGUCCCACAAGCGCCGAAGCUGGUCAAACCUUCUCCUUCUCAAACUAGCAGUGGCAGGUCGACCCCUGUCCCUGUAAAAGAUCGACAGAAACUUGGACUGGAAGGCGGAUCUCGAAAACCGGAGGCCCGAGAAGCAAUGGUUGAAAGUAUCGGAGUCUUGGCCCGUAUACCUAGUUUUAUGGUUGAUCUAUUUGUCAACUACGACAGCGAGAUAGACCGUGCAGACAUCUGCGAGGACAUGGUUGGACUACUCUCCAGAAACGCAUUCCCAGACUCUGCGACCUGGAGCACAACUAAUGUCCCUCCUCUUUGCCUUGACUCUCUCUUGGGAUUUAUACAGUCCAUUGCUGACAGACUGGACGACGAGCCUCGAUAUGAAGGUUUUCCUGACCCCGCGAAAUUGGAAAAUCAGCGAAAGAGAAAGAAACUUAUUGUUCGAGGGGCUGCCAAAUUUAACGAGGACCCUAAAUUGGGAAUCGCAUAUCUCGCUUCCCAAGAUAUCAUCGAGAAUCCCGACGAUCCAGAACUUGUUGCGCGCUUUCUCAAGGGUACAUCUCGUAUUUCCAAGAAAAUAUUGGGCGAGUUUAUAUCCAAGAAAUCUAACUUGAGCUUGCUUGAGGCAUUUGUGGAUUUAUUUGACUUCGAAGGGAAAAGCGUUGUUGACGCUCUCCGCGAGCUUCUCGGAUCUUUCCGACUUCCUGGUGAAUCACAAUUGAUUGAGAGGAUUGUGACGGUCUUUUCGGAAAAAUAUAUGAUAAAAGCAGAACCAGCCGAAAUAGCCGAUAAAGACGCCUUGUUCGUCUUGUUAUAUGGUAUCAUCAUGCUUAACACCGAUCUCUUCAAUCCGAACAUCAAGUCAGCGAACAAGAUGACACAAGUUGACUUUGCUAGAAAUCUGAGAGGCGUCAAUGGCGGUCAAGACUUUGCUCCGGAAUUCUUGGAAGGGAUAUACAAUUCCAUCAAGCAUAAUGAAAUUAUCCUUCCUGAUGAGCAUGAGAAUAAGCAUGCUUUUGAUUUCGCGUGGAAGGAACUGUUGAUGAAGACUCCCGCCGCAGGCGACUUGGUUAUUUGCGAUACUAAUAUCUACGAUGCUGAGAUGUUUGCUGCUAUCUGGCGGCCAGUUGUCGCCACGCUUUCUUACGUCUUCAUGUCUGCUUCUGACGAUGCCGUGUACUCGAGGGUGGUUCAAGGCUUUGAUCAGUGUGCACAAAUUGCAGCAAGGUACGGCAUAACGGAAGCCUACGAUCGUAUUAUCUACUGCUUGGCUUCGAUUACUACCCUGGCGACCGACACUCCACCUAAUACAUCACUUAAUACGGAAGUCCAAGCUGGCAAAAAAACCGUCAUGGUCAGUGAGAUGGCUGUCAAGUUUGGCCGAGAUUUUAGAGCACAGCUCGCCACGGUGGUAUUAUUCAGAGUUUUGCUCGGCAAUGAGAAGGUGGUAGAUCAAAGUUGGAAAUACGUUAUUCGCAUUCUCCACAACCUCUUUAUCAAUUCUCUCAUUCCAUCCUUUGGGCAAGAUUUCAAUUCCAGCCUCGAGAUACCCCCAAUUCCUCUCCAGCCCCCUUCCCAAGUUGUAGAACGCGACAACCGCGGUGAUUCUGGGCUUUUCUCGGCAUUCACAUCAUAUCUUUCUAGCUAUGCGGCCGAUGAUCCACCCGAACCUUCGGAUGAAGAGCUCGAUAAUACACUAUGCACCAUCGACUGUGUUAAUGCCUGCAGCAUUGGCGAGGUGUUAGCAAAUCUCAAGAAUCUACCCCAUUCUUCUCUUUCGACACUAGUCGACGCACUUCUUUUGGAACUUCCAGAGGAGAAUGCUUCGGUUGUCAUUGUUGUGAAACCUGAGCGCCCAUCCUCUAGGGGGCCACGGCAACCUAGCACCAAAACUGAUUUGACAUCUCCAGGCUACAACCCUGGCAUGUUGUAUACAUUGGAAUUGGCCACUGUCUUGGCCCUUCGGGACCAUAAGACGAUUGAAACGAUCGGUGAGAAUUUAGCCGGUUCGCUACAGGCAAUCGUUAGAGACGCGCGAAAUAUUCACCCUAUCAUAACUUCACGAGUGAUACACUAUCUGCUUAAUCUUCUUCGUUUGAGCUACGAGCAACCAUUUAUGCGUGUUCCCGUGAUAUUGCAUGCUAUAUCUAGCUUCGACCAGGAUAUUCUAGAGAACUCGGCUACCCCAGUACUCAAGAGCCUGACGCGAUGUUUAGCCGAUUCAGAUCCGUUGAGGAGGGAAAUCGUUGUUUCUCCCGAUUUCUGGUCUAUAUUACAACGCCUCCUUCCGGACGGUGCUUCUGCUCCUAUGAUCUUCGAGAUACUGCAAAAGAUUGUUGAGACUGUGCCACCCGCUAUCUCAGCGGACAAUUAUGAGGCUGCAGUUGGGCUUGCACACGAUUUUGCGCACGCAGCAAGUGUAGGUGCAGCCGAAGAGCGCAAAAGAGAUGCCCAUCGUCGUGCCAGAGGAAACAAAGCAGAAAAACCAACGACGAAACCAACGACGGAGAAUGAUGUUGUGAUACGAGGCAUUAAUGCAAUCGGCCUCAUAUAUCAAAUGUCCAACCGUGCUCCAGCCUUAAUCCAACAAUCCCACCUGGAAAAAAGCGAGGCCUGGGCCGCUUAUUGGUCGCCUAUCUUCCAAUCGUUGACCGUACAAUGUACAAACCCCUGUCGUGAGAUACGGCAUCGUGCUAUCUCAACUCUUCAGCGCUCUCUUGUCUCGCUUGAGUUCUCGUCUGAAGACAGCAAAAAAUGGACUGCCAUCUUCGACAAUGUUUUAUUCCCGCUCAUCCUGCGGUUGCUAAAGCCUGAAGUGUAUCAUUCUGACCCAGUUGGGAUGAGCGAAACACGUGUUCAGGCAGCAACGCUUGUGUGCAAGACCUUCCUGCGCUAUCUUGACCAGCUAUCGAGCUCAACUAAUAUGCUCGAUUUAUGGCUCAAGAUCCUAGAUAUUCUUGAUCGAAUGAUGAAUAGCGGCCAAGGGGAUAGCCUGGAAGAGGCAAUUCCCGAGAGCGUCAAAAAUAUUCUCCUAGUCAUGGCAGACAGCGGAUACCUCGCUCCUCCACCAGCGGAUGAUCCCAGCAAGGAGAAGAUAUGGGUUGAAACUUCCAAACGUCUUGACCGCUUCCUGCCCAGCCUGUUUGAAGAAUUAUUCCCAACACCUCCACCCCAGGAAGGAAAACCGACAGCUUCUAGUGACAAUCACGGUCCCGAAGAGAACAACACUGAGUCAGCGGAGCCCAGUAAUGAAAAGCCAACAGAGGAAACCCAGUCGGGUGAUACAGCUCCACAGAUUUCUGAUGUGGAUUAA